UGAGAAGGAUAUCCCUAAGAGUGAGCAGCUGGUUGCCUCUCGUAAAUGUGAGCGUGUCCAUUUAGCCACCGGGUGGUAUGAGAUUGAAAACGAAGGAAGUGUGACAUUUCUAUAUUUUUUUAUCAGAACAUUUACAUUUGCAAUGGAUAUAGCGGUGUAUUUGAUUGCUGCAGCAAUCCUUAUUGUGUUGAUCGUUUUUGCAAUGAAGGUCCGAGCAAAGACAGUGGAAGCUGACCUGGAACAGAGGCAAAAUGUGGCGGCUCGGGUUGCAGCUCCCCGCACUCAAGUGGCUGAGGAUCGCGGGGCAGGCAUGCCCCGUCGCCGUCGAAACCUCAACAGCAGGGUGAUGGCCCAGAGGCGAGACCAGAGGGACAAUGAGGACAGCCCUGUAGAGGACAUGGCUGUGGAAGACCAGGAAGAAGAGGAUGAGCAGCAGCUCCAGGUCUCAGGGAAACUGGGAGCCAAGAAGCAGAGGAAAAUGGAGGAGAAACAGGCCAAACGAGCUCAGAGAGAGGCUGAGCUGGCGGAGAGAGAGGAGAGGAAGAAAAUGCAGGAGCUGAGAGAGCAGGAAAGAAUCAAGGAGGAGGAGAAGGAGAGACAACAGGAGCAGAAAGAGGAGGAAGAGGCUCGGCGGGACAAAGAGGAGCAGGAGAAAAGGGAGGAAGAGGAGUAUCUAAGGCUUAAAGAGUCCUUUGUUGUUGAGGACCAGGGUGAAGCUGAAGAGGUCACAGAGGAAGAGUCCCGCAACCUUCUACAAGAGUUCAUCCAGUACAUCAAGGACUCCAAAGUAGUACUGUUGGAAGAUCUGGCAUCACACUUUGGAAUGCGCACACAGGAUGCAAUUGCAAGGCUGCAGGACCUCUUAGCUGAUGGCGAAAUCACCGGAGUGAUUGAUGACAGAGGGAAGUUUAUCUCCAUCACGCCAGAUGAGCUAAAUGCUGUGGCUCAGUUCAUCAAACAGCGAGGGCGGGUCUCUAUCAGUGAGCUGGCUCAAGCCAGUAACUCACUCAUCAACCUCACACCAGUGAUUCGUACCAAUGCCUGAUGGGGAACACAAACAACAAACAUUACAUUUGCAAACUUUGCAGAAGUUAAGAACUCCCUCAGUCAAUCUACAAUAAAACCUGAAAUAUCCAAUACAACUAGAUUUGAUGCCAAACAGUUAAAACAUUUGAUGCCAAAUAAUAAAGCCAUAAAACUAGACAUACAUAUGGUACUUAAAGGUAUAAUUUUAUACUAUACACUGGAUUAUGGGAUUUCUUCAGUUGUCAUUAUACUUUAUACAGAUGAUGAGAUGAGAGUAUAUAUGAAUAAAGUUCACGUGACUUGUUUUUA